GGAGUUGCUGGUCAUUUCAGAAGUCGGAAUUCGUGUUCGCUAAGAAUCCAGCUCUCUUUACAACCUUGAAAAGGGCAAACGAAAAGUUUCCCAGUUUGUUCCCCGAACUUCACUUCCUCCCCCAUUUAACUCGCUCUUUGCCCCUAGCCAGAAAGCAAGAAGGAAAUCUAAGAAGCACCCGUGUUCCAAGAUACUUUUGCUUUUACAAACAAAAGGCAGCUGCAGUUUUAGACAGUGAUCUAAUUUCAAUGGAGGAUGAUACUUGGAGCUUUGGUUUCUCAGCUUCAUCAAGGAGCUAUCAAUCCACUCUUAAAUCCCAAAGUGAUCGUUGUAAUGAUUUUGAAGAGAUUGAAGAAGACGAUGAAUUGAAAACAGAAUAUCCCUGCCCAUAUUGUUCUGAGGAUUUUGAUUUACUUGGAUUGUGCUGCCAUAUUGACGAGGAGCAUCAUCUUGAAGCUAACUAUGGGGUAUGUCCUGUCUGUACUUUGAGGGUAGGGAUGAACAUGGUUGACCACAUAACAACACAGCAUGGGAAUCCUUUCAAGAGCAACCACAAAUUAAAAUUUUGUAAAGGCGACUCGUAUUCAACUCUUUCCUUGAGAAAGGAGUUGCAUGAUGCACAUUAUCAAUCUCUUCUUGCCAGGUCAUGGUCUUCACUUUCUUCCUCCAAUACAGCACCCGACCCAGUGCUUUCAUUUCUUUCGUACGUACCUCCAGCUUAUUCGUCUGAAAGUGUAAAGUCUGCCUCUUCUACUGAAGCAACCUUGGAAGAGAAAGGCUCAGAUGUGAAUAUGUUAGAAAAUCUUCCGGUGGACAGAGAUGUUCAACCACCCCCUCUGUCAGAUAAGGAGCACUUGGAGAAGGCAAAGAGGUGCGAGUUUGUACAAGGACUAUUGUUGUCCACCAUCUUUGAUGGUGCCUUAUGAACAAGACAGCGUAGAUGGUCCUCUACUUCAAAUUUUAUCAAACGUGCCAUCAUCGAUGUUUUCUUGUGUUGAACAUGCUGAUACUUUGAUAGAGAAAGCUAGGAUAGAUUUAUGAAUGUAAUGUAAUUUAUCUUACAGGUCCAUGUUAUCAAUUUGGCCACAAAAGAGUUAAGACUCUUGUAUUUUUCCUGUCUUUAGUGCAUAAUGCCAGUAUCAGCUUUGUUUACUUCC